AUGGAUGAUGUCAACCAGGUCAAGGCCUUCCUAGAAGAAUCCGCGGAGACGGGAGCUCACGACGGACGCGAUGUCGAGGGCUUUGUGAUUCGCUGUCGAGAGUCUCAUGAUCCUGGCGUCCAGCCCUAUCGGGAUUGGUUCUUCAAGUUCAAGUUUGAAGAGCCGUACCUCAUGUACCGACAGUGGCGCGAAUGCACCAAGGCCAUGAUCUCGGGCAAGCCACCCAAGUUUAGGAAGCAUGUCCAGAUCACCGAGGAAUACCUCCUGUACGCACGCAAGCGACUCGCCACCGACAAGAACCUGGGUCAGCUGUAUCAGGCGAACCAUGGCAUCAUCGCCCUACGCAACGACUUCCUCGCUUUCAAGAAUAUGAAGGGCUCCGACGCCGCUAACCUCGAGCUCAUCGCUCCUUCCACAGCCGACAUCAACACUGAGGUGACGCGAGACGUCAUCUUGGUCCCCAUCGCGACGAUCGGAUGUGGCAAGACGACAAUCGCUGUUGCACUGACGCACCUGUUCGGCUGGGGCCACAUCCAAAACGAUAACAUUACCGGCAAGGGACGGCCACCUCGCUUCACAAAGGCGGUGCUCGAUCUCCUGCAGGAGCGCCCCGUUGUCAUUGCCGACCGAAACAAUGCGCAGAAGCACGAGCGCAAGCAGAUCCUCACCGAUGUCAAGAUUCAACACAAGGACGCGCGCCUUGUCGCUCUAUACUUUAAGCAUGAUGCGUCCAACAUUGAUGAAGUGCGCAGGGUUACGCAGGAGCGAGUGUUGACGCGUGGAGACAACCACCAGACGAUCCACGCUGCCAGCGAUCAGAACAAAUUCCUCGGCGUAAUGGAAGGCUUUGUCGAUCGAUUCGAACCCCUUGUACCGUUCUCCCGCCCAGAUGAUGGGUUCGACGCGGUGGUCAACCUCGACCCUACGGCCGAGAGCCGCCAGAACCUUGAGACGGCGGUCAACGAGCUCCACCGCCUCUAUCCGAACCUCUUUGAGCUUCCGUCCGCUGAGAGGUUGGAUGAGGCAAUGAAGGCUGCCUUUGAUGAGUACCAGCCUGGCCUGAAGCACACGAUCCCAGAUCGUGGCGGCCGACAAAACAAGGCCGGACAACAGGCACAGCAGUCCAAGAAGGCCAAGAAGAAGCCCCUCGAGUACAUGUCUGUCGCUGUCCCCGGGAGCCAGGUGAGGUCUAUCCUGGAUAAGGCCUUUGAUAAUGUCGCCAUUGAGACGUCCCGAUUUUACAAACAGCUCAGCCAGACGCGACGCAUCCAGCCAAAGUUCCACGUCACGCUGAUGCACCGCGCGUCCUCCAAAGAGCAUCCCGAACUGUGGGAACACUACAGCAAGGUUGUAGCUGAAGCUGAGGCUGCCAAUAUCAUCACUGCCGGGGCCACGGGCGCCACCGCUGCGCCGACCCUAGGCGUUUGCGGCGUUGAGCUGGAGAGGGUUGUCUUCAACGAUCGUGUCAUGGCCAUCGUCGUCAGGCUCAACGGCCAGGACCAAGCAUGGCAGUGCGUCAACCCCAUCGCCCACAUCACCAUCGGCACGCGGGAGGACAGCAUCAAACCCAAGGAGAGCAACGAGUUACUCGCGCGCUGGCUCAACGAGGGCGUGGGAGAGGCAACAGGCAUUCGAGAGGUGGUCUUUGAUAAUAAGCAGACUCUUGAGGGCGUCGUUCAGGGUGUCAUGUCAAGGUAG